GUGUCUUUCUUCAGCAGACGUUGUUCAGCGAGGUCUUGAGGAGAUUCUUCACUCCAGGACUUGUCAAUAGUAGAACAAUUAGCAAUUUACUUUGGAAUGAAGUUUCGUGUGUCAAAAGUCACAAGGCUUGUGCUGUGAAUGAGAUAAGAUCUGUUCAAGAUGGUCAAAAUCUGUGCUAAAUUCCCUCCUGACCUAAAAGAGGUACAUGCAUGUGUGGCACAGUCCUUUGGAAAAGACGCAAGUCUUCAGGAAGUGUACGAGCAAGAAGAAUGUGACAUUGUGUUGAUGUACAGUCUAGCUGGAGACUAUACGCCCUCAGCAGAGAAAGAAGCAUCAAAGCCUGUCAUACAUGUGUUGGUGAAGCAAAAUGACACAAUGCUGGAGGGUGGCAGAGAUGAGACUGGAGAGAAUGUGCUGCUUGUUGACUGGCAGGACCAGAGGCUCAGUGAGGAAGACUGCGCCAAGAUUCUGGAGAAGCUAAGUCAACAGCAGCUCUGCACUGAUUUGGUACAUGGGAAUCCUACUGAUACUCACACUGAGGAAGAAAAGCAAAGUCAGAAAAGUCCUCCACGUGAUCACACAACAGAUACACAGGACACUGAACAGAAAGAAGAAAUGAAGAACACUGACACUGAUAAAGGACAAGAAAAGAACAAAGCACAUAUUGGCAGUGAUCACACAACACAAGAAUUAACCAGUGGAAGUGAUCAAGAUAUUCAAAUGGAAAAUGCAGACACUGCUGUAGAGAAACAACAACAACAAGAACAGGAUACAGCAGGAAUGUCUCGCAAAAGGAAACAAGAUGUGCAGGAACCUGGAAUGGCACCCUCCAGUUCAACUGACUGCACUGGACAGGACGGUCCAAUCUCAAAGGAAGCCCGCCAUGAGGAUCAAACAAAAGACACAAACAAAACUGAAGCUACCCCAGAAUUCACCAGUGGCAGUAAUGAAGAUAUUGAAAUGAAAACCGCAGAUGCAGGUGCUGCAGAGAAACAAGAACAGGAUCCUAAGCAACAUUCUUCAACUGAAAAUGCUGAUAAUGGGCAACAACAUAACACAGAAGAAGUUGUGGAGCAUGAUACAGGCCCAUCUGCUGUUUUGCCAGGAGAGAAAUAUGUGAUCACAACAGGGAAGAAAACAGUCCAGCUCUACACUCUAGUGCCAAAUAAUGUGAAGAAGCACUGUCAAAAUCUGCUGACAUCAUUACAUGCUAAGAAAGUAACUGAAGCAACUGAGAUGUCCUCAGUAGAAGAAUGUGAUGUCAUCCUGGCAGUCUGCCCUGUUGUGUCUCGACUGGGAACAGAUGUUGAAGCAGCUCUCAAAGACAUUCCAAGCACAAGGCCUUGUAUCCUGGUGGUGAUGCACAUCACCUUUGAUAAAGAUUAUGUAGCACCAGACAGCAGCAGAUUCACCAAAGGGAAGAAUGUGGUCACUGUGGACUGUCUGUUUAGUGAAGAUGAUGGACUACUGAAGUGUCCAAGAAACGAUAAAGCAGUUGAAACAAUUCACAAAAAACUGACAGAACAUGCUAAGGAUACAGAACAAAUGUCUCGCAAAAGGAAACCAGAGGCACAGGAACCUGGAAUGGCACCCUCCAGUUCAACUGACUGCACUGGACAGGACGGUCCAAUCCCAAAGGAAGCCCGCCAUGAGGAUCAAACAAAAGACACAAACAAAACUGAAGAAUUCACCAGUGAAGAUAUGGACUUGAAAAGUGCAGAUGCAGGUGCUGCAGAGAAACAAGAACAGGAUCCUAAGCAACAUUCUUCAACUGAAAAUGCUGAUAAUGGGAAACAACAUAACACAGAAGUAGUUGUGGAGCAUGAUACAGGCCCAUCUGCUGUUUUGCCAGGAGAGAAAUAUGUGAUCACAACAGAAAUAGCGGAGCAUGAUAAAGAGGUUCCAGGGCCACCUGCUGUUGUGCCAGGAGAUAAUUAUGUGAUCACAAUAGGGAAGAAAACAGUCAAGCUCUACACUCUAGUGCCAAAUAAUGUGAAGAAGCACUGUCAGACUCUGCUGACAUCACUACAUGCUGUGAAAGUAACUGAAGCAACUGAGGUGUCCUCAGUAGAAGAGUGUGAUGUCAUCCUGGCAGUCUGUCCCGUUGUGUCUCGAUUGGGAACAGAUGUUGAAGCAGCUCUCAAGGACAUUCCAAGCACAAAGCCUUGCAUCCUGGUGGUGAUGCACAUCACCUUUGAUGGAGAUUUUGUAGUGCCAGACAGCAGCAGAUUUGCCAAAGGGAAGAAUGUUGUCACUGUGGACUGUCUGUUUAGUGAAGAUGAUGGACUACUGACAUGUUCAAGAAACAAUAAAGCCGUUGAAACAAUUAACAAACAUCUGAAAGAACAUGCUAAGUACCAUGGUGAAGAUAAAAGCAAUGCAGAAGCAACCCCCAGUGGGCAGGACAGUAAAAUCUCAAAUGACGACAACCAUGCGAGCAGAGAACGAGAUAAGAUAUCAGGAAAAAAAGAAAACAUUCUACUCAGUAAAUUUAGAAAUUUUGCCAGAAGAGUUAUCCACGAGGAAAUAAGGAAAACAGUCAAGCUCUACACUGUAGUGCCAAAAAAUGUGAAGAAGCACUGUCAAACUCUGCUGACAUCACUAGAUGCUGAGAAAGUAGCUAAAGUAACUCAGGCGUCCUCAGUAGAAGAAUGUGAUGUCAUCCUGGCAUUCUGUCCUGUUGUGUCUCGACUUGGAACAGAUGUUGAAGCAGCUCUCAAGGGCAUUCCAUGUAAAGGCAUAAAGCCUUGUAUCCUGGUGGUGAUGCACAUCACCUUUGAUAAAGAUUAUGUAGCACCAGACAGCAGCAGGUUUGCCAAAGAGAAGAAUGUGGUCACUGUGGACUGUCUGUUUAGUGAAGAUGAUGGACUACUGAAGUGUUCAAAAAACAAUAAAGCCGUUGAAACCAUCAACAAACACCUGAAAGAACAUGCUAAGGAUCUAACAAAAGACACAAACAAAACGGAAGAUAAGCCUGACAGUGGCAGUAAUCAAGAUAAUGAAAUGGAGAAUGGAGAUGGUGAUUUACAUCAAAAAAAGGUAGAUCAUCUAAAGGAUGAGGCACAUUCUUCAGAUGAAAAUGCUGGUAAAAGCCAAAAACAUGACACACCAGAAACUACAACCUCUAGCCCAACUGACUGCACUGGGCAGGACGGUCCGAUCUCAAAUGACGACCACCAUGCAGGCGAAGAGCGAGUUGAGGAUCUAGCAGAAGACACAGACAAAACGGAAGGAUCCACCAAUAGCAGUAAUCAAGAUAUCCUGGAGCCACAUUCUUCAAAUCAAAAUUCUGACAAAGGCCAACAACAUAACACACCAGAAACUGUGGAGCAUUAUAAUAAGGAUACAUGCCCUUCUGCUGUUGUGCCAGGAGAGAAAGAUGUGAUCAAAACAGCAACCCCCAGUGGGCAGGAAGGUCAAAUCUCAAAUGACGACCACCUUGCGAGCAGAGAAGGAGAUAAGAUAUCAGCAAAAAAAGAAAACAUUCUACUCAGUAAAUUUAGAAAUUUUGCCAGAAGAGUUAUCCACGAGGAAAUAAGGAAAACAGUCAAGCUUUACACUGUAGUGCCAAAAAAUGUGAAGAAGCACUGUCAAACUCUGCUGACAUCACUAGAUGCUGAGAAAGUAGCUAAAGUAACUCAGGCGUCCUCAGUAGAAGAAUGUGAUGUCAUCCUGGCAUUCUGUCCUGUUGUGUCUCGACUUGGAACAGAUGUUGAAGCAGCUCUCAAGGGCAUUCCAUGUAAAGGCACAAAGCCGUGUAUCCUGGUGGUGAUGCACAUCACCUUUGAUAAAGAUUAUGUAGCACCAGACAGCAGCAGAUUUGCUAGAGAGAAGGGCGUGGUCACAGUAGACUGUCUGUUUAGUGAAGAUGAUGGACUACUGCAGUGUUCAAAAAACAAUAAAGCAGUUGAAACCAUCAACAAACACCUGAAAGAACAUGCUAAGGAUCCAACAGAAGACACAUACAAAAUGGAAGAUAAGCCUGACAGUGGCAGUAAUCAAGAUAAUGAAAUGGAGAAUGGAGAUGGUGUUGCACAGCAAGAAAAGGUAGAUCAUCUAAAGGACCCUGAGCCACAUUCUUCAGAUGAAAAUACUGACAAAGGCCAACAACAUGACACACCAGAAACUAUGGAGCAUGCUAAGGAGGAUACAGGGCCAUCUGCUGUUGUGCCAGGAGAGAAAGAUGUGACCAAAGCAGCAACCUCUAGUCCAACUGACUGCACUGGGCAGGAAGGUCCGAUCUCAAAUGACGACCACCAUGCGGGCAAAGAGCGAAUUGAGGAUCUAACGGAAGACACAGACGAAACGGAAGCUACCCUAGGAUCAGUUACCAGUGGCAUUAAUCAAGAUAUUCUGGAGCCACAUUCUUCAAAUCAAAAUGCUGGCAAAGGCCAACAACAUGACACACCAGAAACAGUGGAGCAUGAUAAAGAGGUUCCAGGGCCACCUGCUGUUGUGUCAGGAGAUAAUUAUGUGAUCGCAAUAGCAACCUCUAGCCCAACUGACUUCACUGAGUCCAGCACAAAUGAAGAUCACCAUGCAGGCAGAGAGCAAGUUGAGGAUCCAACAGAAGACACAAACAAAAUGGAAGAUAAGCCUGACAGAAGAAUUACCAGUAAUCAAGAUAAUGAAAUGGAGAAUGGAGAUGGUGUUGUACAUCAUCUAAAGGAUGAGCCACAUUCUUCAAAUGGAAAUACUGACAAAGGCCAACAACAUGACACACCAAAAACUGAAAUAGUGGAGCAUGAUAAAGAGGUUCCAGGGCCACCUGCUGUUGUGCCAGGAGAUAAUUAUGUGAUCACAAUAGGGAAGAAAACAGUCAAGCUCUACACUCUAGUGCCAAAUAAUGUGAAGAAGCACUGUCAGACUCUGCUGACAUCACUACAUGCUGUGAAAGUAACUGAAGCAACUGAGGUGUCCUCAGUAGAAGAGUGUGAUGUCAUCCUGGCAUUCUGUCCUGUUGUGUCUCGACUGGGAACAGAUGUUGAAGCAGCUCUCAAGGACAUUCCAAAUGUAAAGCCUUGUAUCCUGGUGGUGAUGCACAUCACCUUUGAUAGAGAUUAUGUAGCACCAGACAGCAGCAGAUUUGCCAAAGAGAAGGAUGUGGUCACUGUGGACUGUCUGUUCAGUGAAGAUGAUGGACUACUGAAGUGCUCAAGAAACAAUAAAGCGGUUGAAACAAUUAACAAAACUUUGCAAGAACAUGCUAAGGGUACACCAAAAGGCAGGAAGCAGAAAAAAAAGGCAACUACCCCAGAACCAAACUGUUCAGCAACUACCCCAGAACCAAACUGUUCAGCGACUACCCCAGGAUCCACCAAUGACAGUAAUCAAGAUAUCCUGCCACAUCCUUCAAAUGAAAAUGCUGACAAAGGCCAACAACAUAACACACCAGAAACUGUAACUAUCCCAGUACAGCCACAUUCUUCAAAUGAAAAUGCUGACAACGGCCAACAACAUAUCACACCAGGAAUGGAAAUAGAGGGGCAAAAGAAGGAGGAUACAGAAGCUUCUAAUGCUGAUCCGAAUUGCUGCGACUGUUGGUUGUGUUGGGUAAGUGCCUACCUCUCUAAGCAUUGCAUUUCUUUUCAGCAGCACUGUAAAAGUAUAUAUUUAAAAGUUCAAAAUGAGUAUAUUUGUCCUGUGACACAGUUUUGCAGGCUUUAACUUGAACCACAUGUUAUGUACUGUACAAAGUUGACAAAUAACCACUGUUUCAUAACCCUGUUAUUUUGUUGUUGUGGACAGUGUUGUUGUGGACAGCUCUGUUGUGGACGGAGGAACAGAUCUCAGAUGGACUCAUCAGAAAAACAGCGCCUUGUCCCUUCAGCAUCUUCUGAAGCUUAACCCAAAGGAAAAUGUAUUGUCCCGAAAAUGGUCUUAUCUUUCCUUUGUCUCACGAGAAAUAAAUCAGCUCUGAUAAGAUUUAAUAGAAUUCUCUGAGAAGAGAGUAAAAUCUGUUAUGUUCUGUUUUGCAUUGAAGCAUAAUUUCUUGUCAUUGCAUUUUACCCUGUAACACACCAAUCAAAUUGAAACUGAAACAUUGCUGAUGUUAAAUCACCAGAGCUGCAUGACACUUGUCUGGUUUUCACCAUACUAAGCUCAAUCUUUUAAGAUUGAACAUUAGUCUGGGGAGGCUGCGCUUUCUUUCUACUGCACUUGGCAUCGCUUAAAGGUAUACUAUGCAACGUUUUUCAGUUAAUCAAUUCGUUCCAUACUGUUAUAUAUGAUUAAAUGAGUCAUUACCGGUCAAACUGUGUUUUUCUUGGCCGCUCCAGUGGUCUGUAGCGGUAAAACCACACUUGCAACUUCAGGAGACACCGGGCACGCACCCAUGCUCUACUCCAGGAAGUGUCAUGUAAAGUCUCAUGUAAAGGCACGGCAGACUGACCGAUUGAGGAGUUUUGUCAAAUAUACACGCUAAAGCUGUAGGGGAAGCUCUGCAGAGAAAUAUGCAAGCAUAAAACGAGCGAAAAUGAAAAGUGAAAGCGAAACCGGCGAUAAAAUCGCCAAUCCUGCAUAGUAUACCUUUAAGUUUUGUUAUCGUCAUGUCACCAGCCAAUAGCGUGCCAGGACUAGAGUAUGGCCGUUUCUGAUUGGAGCCAAAGGUUCUGGCAGUAAACAAAGGAAAUAGAUCUGCUGGUUUCCAGCCUGAGGUGCCCGGCAAAAUUCAAAUUCCCCGGAAGUUCAGGCAGGGUUCACCCAGCCUAGCAUGACACUAUAUUGUGCAAUAAUCAGUGAGUAAGUAAUUCACUUAUUUAAUCAAUAGCUGAAUAAUUUCUGAAAUCUAGUCAGGGUGCUGAUUGCUUGCAAUCACCAGUACUCAUUUUUUUCCAUGAAAUUGAGGACACUUAUUUAAUCAAUAUGUGAGUCAUUCCUAACAAACUGUGUUUUAAUUACUUGUAAUAUGUUGACCUACGUCAUUAACUGCAAGUUUAUUUUUCUCAUAGAAGUUGUAGUCGAAGUUGUGUUUGAAUAUCAGGUAGUAACUUUAAUUUCCUGCAUUUAGUGUAAGGACGAAUAAAAUAUAAGUGUAAAAAAUGA